AACGGUUUUGAAAAAAAAUCUUUGCACAGUUCGGAAAGGUCAUGUUUUCUUUCUGUACUGACGAUUUGGAUGAAAUAGCAGGCAUAAGGAGAGCCCGUCACGAACCAUGGAUGUUCUGAGUGUUGUACAGAGCAUCUGGAGCACUCUGUGUUGUUUUACACUGGAGUUAGCUGUGUUUGUGGUUGUUGAUACGUUUACAAAGCACCAACUCAAAUACGCCAACACCGAGGAGGAGAAGACGAGAAUCUGGACCAUCGAGGGUGGACUGCUGACGGUGAUCACCCUGGUGCUGCUCCUCUGGUCACAUGUCCCCUACACCCUCCUCCUGCUGACUGGAUCCAUUCUCGUCUUCAUCUUCUUUCCCCAUCAUUGGCUGCACAUAGCCAAACAGUCCCUACAGGAAGGGUCUGACAGAGUACAGUACGCUCUCAGGAGUUUGAGACAAACAACGGGAGUACAAUCCGUGAGGAGAACGUCUACCUCUUCAUCUAUCAGCAAUGGAGAAGAUGUGUCCACCAUGUCUUCCUAUUAUGCUCCUAACACUAGCAGAAGGACAAAAAGUUCCUUGUCAAGUACAAGAUUGUUGCACCCUACCAAGUCUCUGCCCAGCACAAAUGUGCGACCAUCAGGUUCAGAUUCCCGGGUACAGAAUGAUAAGAUUCUUAUUAGAAAGCCAAAGAGACUUGAUUCUGUGACACCUGUUGGUCUGAGUCCAGCCAGAGAACUGAGUUCUAGGUUAGGAGUUCCUCCUACGACAUCCAGGAUAUCAUCAAGUGAUACAGGUUUGACUACGGGUACAAAUUUCCGAAAUCCUGUUACCUACUCCCCAUCAAAAUAUGGGCUCAGAGCAAGGCCCUCUCCUGUUAAAAAGACAGUUUGGGACAUACAGCUACCUCCAGGUCUUCAGAAUGGUGGCCAAAACAUAUGCUUUAUGAACUCUGUCCUGCAGUGUUUAGCACACAAUCCUGUAUUGGUUCAAGGCCUCCAAAUGGCAGUGGAGCGACCGACUGCCAACCAAUCGGGAGGCACAUUACUGCUGACGUUUGUGGAGCUUGUGUCCGACUGUCAGAGGCACAGAGACAAGGAGGGUUUGGUUAUCAAUCCCUUGGCCUUCAGAAGUGUUGUUGCUGAGAGGAAACCUGAAUUGAUUGUGAGGCCAGAGUGGAGCCACAUCCAACCUCAGCAGGAUGCAGCUGAGUUUUUGACGUGGCUUCUCGAUGCACUAAGUGCAGAAGUUAGACAGGGAAGGACUAGCUUCCCCUUAACACCACCUUACUCACCAAUAGGGAGUCCAAAGGAGAGAGUCGGCAUCAGAACUAGCAGCCCUCGAGCUGAUGACUCCCUACACCUGAAGUAUGGGAAGUUUACUGCCAGAAAGUUGUACGACCUUGAAGAUGAGUGUGUGACCCUCAUCAAGCAUGCAGAUUCACUGAAGCCAGACACAUAUGCAGAGCCGCUGAAAACUUUGUCUGAAGUUGCCUGGUACAAACACUGCCAUCAGAAUAACACUGUGGUGGAUACAUCCUUCACUGGUCAGUUGGUAGAAGCCAGACAUUGUCUCCUGUGUGGCAAGCUGUCCCUUAGUAUGGAGGUGUUUAGUGUGCUCCCUGUGCACAUUCCAGAGCAGAACUCUAUGGCCAUCGACUUGGAGACCUGCAUAGGGAACCUUGCUAAUGUUGAGAACUUGCAGAAAGAGAGUGGCUUCCGCUGCACGUGUGGGGGUGCAGGGGACUCAGAACAAGACCUACAGACUCAGACUACAGCUCAACGUAGGUGCCUCCUGCGCUACCUUCCUGAGUGCCUGAUCAUCCAGCUACAGAGGUUCAACUAUGCCACCAAGACACAAGUGCCUGUGAAUAUCCCCCUUCACAAUCUUAAUCUGAACAGCCUUCAUGUAGACAGCAUGUUGCCAGAACCAGACCAGGGCCUGCCUAAUGACUGUGUGUACAGUUUAUAUGCAGUUUGUAUGCAUCUCGGCACCACUCGUGACUGUGGACACUAUGUGGCAUACGCUUUGCUGGAUGACGGACUGUGGUACAAAUUUGAUGAUGAAGACGUUAGGCCUGUCACCAGCAUGCAGAGUGAGCUACGGUCUGCCAUUGUCAAAAGAAAUGCUUAUAUUUUGUUCUAUAGGAAGUCUAGUUAAUGUUGAUUAGUAGCACAGCCUGUUCCCAUUGUCAAACUCAAAAGUUAUGGACAAAUGUUUGUCACUAG